AUGUCUAGAUUAAGAAAGUUUGAACAUCAAGUUCUACAGCAUAUGUUAGAUGAUUCAGAUAAUGACAUCAUUGGUGAUGAGGAUGGUGUAUCCUUUUAUCCCUUAGAUAUCACUGAGCAGGAGGACUUAAUAAGGAGGCUGGAAUUAAGAAAUAGCUCCAAAAAUGGGACUUAUUUGAAGAUCCUAACAUUUGCGUAUUUGAUAGUAUGUGGUAUGUUCAUUUUAUUAGCCACAAGAAUCAGGAGGGAUAAUGAGCUUAUGCGUUCAUAUAGAAGAAUAUUUUUAUUCUCCGCUCAGUCGAUAAGCUGUUCAGUAAUAACCCUUCGAUAUGAAUUCUUCAAUAAUUAUUUUACCAGAAGAAGGAUCAACUUUUUUUUGACCAGCAAAAGGUUAAAUAUCCUCAACUUUACAUUAUUAAUUUUCCUUUUGUGGAUAAUAAACAGCCAAGAUGGCCCUAUGGCUAUUACACUUCUUUGUUACGUACCACACCUCUUGUUUGUGACCACUAUCUUUGUUAAACGAUCAAUGUCUAGUAUUGAAUCUGAUUUAGGACUCUUAAGAACGCUUCAUUACAAAUUCAAGAACGUUUAG